GUCGGGAAGUGGAUCUCGAUCCCUCCGCUUACGCGUCCUCCUAUCCCUCCCUUAAAGCAGCUGUUGGGGUGUGCUCGUCUCAGUCAUCUUCACCCACUGCCCUCUCAGACUUGAGCUUCACACUCCCCCGUUCUACUUCCCUCCUCCGUCGCCUAUCCCAGACACAUCAUGCCUGCCAAGAAGCGCUGCCAGCUCCAGGGCGAAACCCCUUGCAACUCGGCCGUCCUCCGCAUCGUAGGGCAAUGCCCACACUGUCGCAUGGAGUUCUGCGGAACACAUCGACUGCCUGAACACCAUGCCUGCAACAACCUGGAGAGCUGCCGUCAGCAGGCGUUUGAGAAGAAUAAGCUGAAGCUCGAGUCGGAGAGGACAGUGGCGUCCAAGAUGGGCGUCGCAUGAGACGGGACGGAUGCUGCCGCCUUUCUCCCCCUAUCCCUCCCAUGUCCACAUACCCCCGUCACGAUUUAUUCCAUUCCCCCCAUCUAUCACAUUCAUACACUCCGCCUCCUCUCCCCGCGCUUCAGUACAUCACGGACGCAUUACCACUAUACCUGCACGCCAUCCCC